AUGACGGCCAACAGCAGCCGCUUCAGGAGCCGUCCGCCCCGGUCAGGUGAGCACCUGCAGGAAAAGGACUAUGUUGGAUUUGCGACGCUGCCCAACCAGGUGCACAGGAAGUCUGUGAAAAAAGGAUUUGACUUCACCCUCAUGGUGGCAGGUGAAUCUGGUCUGGGUAAAUCCACCCUUGUGAACAGCUUGUUCCUCACUGAUCUGCAUAAGGACAGAAAACUACUCAAUGCUGAGGAGCGCAUCAGUCAGACGGUUGAGAUCACGAAGCACACGGUGGACAUCGAAGAGAAGGGGGUGAAGUUGAAACUAACUAUUGUGGACACCCCGGGUUUUGGGGACGCUGUCAACAACACAGAGUGCUGGCGGCCUGUCACGGACUACAUCAAUCUCCAGUUUGAACAGUACUUCCGGGAUGAGAGCGGACUCAACAGGAAGAACAUCCAGGACAACAGGGUGCACUGCUGUCUGUAUUUCAUUCCUCCGUUCGGACAUGGGCUUCGUCCAGUUGAUGUAGAGUUCAUGAAGGCCCUGCAGGACAAGGUUAAUGUGGUCCCUCUUAUUGCUAAGGCGGACUGUCUCACUCCCAGUGAGAUAAAGAAACUCAAAGAGCAGUUGAGAGAGGAGAUAGGUAGGUAUGGGAUAAAGGUCUACCAGUUCCCUGACUGCGACUCUGAUGAAGAUGAGGGGUUCAAGCAGCAAGAUAAAGAGCUGAAGGAGACCACUCCGUUUGCAGUGAUCGGCAGCAACACUGUGGUAGAAGCCCAAGGUCAGAGGGUGAGAGGGAGGCAAUACCCCUGGGGCAUCGUGGAGGUGGAGAACCCGUCCCACUGCGACUUUGUGAAGCUCAGGACCAUGCUGAUCCGAACCCACAUGCACGACCUGAAGGACAUCACCAAUGACUGCCACUACGAGAACUACAGAUCCCAGUGCAUCCAGACCAUGACCAGUAAGAUGAAUGCAGACAAGCGGGUGGAGAGCCCUAUCCCGAUCCUGCCGCUGCCCACACCGGAUGGGGAGACAGAGAAAAUCAUCAAAAAGAAAGAUGACGAGCUGAAGAGGAUGCAGCAGAUGCUCCAGAAGAUGCAGCAGCAGAUGCAUGAGCAGGACAUGUGA